AUGAAAUACUUGAAGCCAAAAUACGCGAGAGCUCCCUUACUACAAACAGUUAUAGUGCGGGAAUGGGGCAACUGGACUACUCGCCUGUUUGUUGUGCGGGAAUGGGGCAACUGGACUACUCGCCUGUUUGUUGUGCGGGAAUGGGGCAACUGGAGCACUCGCCUGUUUGUUGUGCGGGAAUGGGGCAACUGGACCACUCGCCUGUUUGUUGUGCGGGAAUGGGGCAAUUGGACCAAUCGCCUGUUUGUUGUGCGGGAAUGGGGCAAAUGGAACACUCGCCUGUUUGUUGUCCGGGAAUGGGGCAACUGGAGCACUCGCCUGUUUGUUGUGCGGGAAUGGGGCAACUGGAGCACUCGCCUGUUUGUUGUGCGGGAAUGGGGCAAAUGGACCACUCGCCUGUUUGUUGUGCGGGAAUGGGGCAACUGGAGCACUCGCCUGUUUGUUGUGCGGGAAUGGGGCAACUGGACCACUCGCCUGUUUGUUGUGCGGGAAUGGGGCAGCUGGAGCACUCGCCUGUUUGUUGUGCGGGAAUGGGGCAACUGGACCACUCGCCUCACUCGCCUGUUUGUUGUGCGGGAAUGGGGCAACUGGACCACUCGCCUGUUUGUUGUGCGGGAAUGGGGCAACUGGACUACUCGCCUGUUUGAUGUGCGGGAAUGGGGCAACUGGAGCACUCGCCUGUUUGUUGUGCGGGAAUGGGGCAACUGGACCACUCGCCUGUUUGUUGUGCGGGAAUGGGGCAACUGGACUACUCGCCUGUUUGUUGUGCGGGAAUGGGGCAACUGGAGCACUCGCCUGUUUGUUGUGCGGGAAUGGGGCAACUGGACCACUCGCCUGUUUGUUGUGCGGGAAUGGGGCAACUGGACCACUCGCCUAUUUGUUGUGCGGGAAUGGGGCAACAGCGCCACUCGCCUGUUUGUUGUGGGGGAAUGGGGCAACUGGACCACUCGCCUGUUUGUUGUGCGGGAAUGA